AUAAACAGGAGUACGGUGACAUUAUCUACCUUUGCUUUGGUCAAGAGUGUCCUAUUAUGAGUCAACGGGCAAUAAACUAUGAAUAAGCCAAAGAAAGAUGGCAAGUGGGCCUGGCUGAUAUGUGGAGCAGCAUUUUGUGAUAUUUUCAUAGUUCUUGGCGUACAGUAUACGUUUGGGGUUUUAUUCGUUGCGUUGUUGGACCAUUUUGGCCAGUCCAAGUCAAGUACAGCAUGGGUAGGAUCAAUAGCUCAGUUUUGUAUAUACUUCUUUGCUUAUGGGUCAAGUCUUUUGUGUGAACGUUUUGGAUGUCGACCGAUGACUAUUCUUGGAGGAAUAAUGAUGAGCGUUGGACUGCUACUUUCCUCGUUUUGUAAUGACAUGAGAAUUAUGUACUUCACCCAUGGCGUUCUCUUCGGCAUUGGCUCGAGUUUGAGCUACUUACCUGCUCUGGUGAUGGUCGCACUUUAUUUCGAGAAAAGACGUUCUUUAGCCACGGGUAUAGCCGCUGCUGGCGGGAAUAUUGGCGCCAUUGCGUUAGCGCCUCUACAGCAGUUUAUAGUCGAGUCAUUUGGCUGGAGAAAUUGUUUCAGAUUCUUAAGUGGUUUCUCUCUUCUCACAGUUGUUUGUGGAGUUAUUUUCAAACCUUUACCAGAUCCAAAUGAGGACGAUAUCCCUCUGGAGCAGACUUCUGCAUGUUGCAUAGAAAGAGACACUACAAUCUCCAGCCARCCACUGGAAUUGUUUAGAAUUAUUCGUGACUGUMAGUUUCCAAAGASUCCAAGAUUUUUAGUUUGGUCAGUAGCUGGYACGAUAGCAUGUUUUGGGUAUUUUAUGCCGCAUGUUCAUCUGGUCCGCUUAUGUGAAGAACUAGGUGGGUCGUAUAGGCAAGGCUCCUUGCURCUUACUUACAUGAGUGCAACGUCGGCGAUUGGGAAAGUUAUAUUUGGAAAAAUAUCGGACUUUAAGCAUGUAAAUACUUUGAUUUUAUAUCAGRUUUGCAUGGUAUURACUGGUUUUGCGUCGGCUCUUUGUAUCAUGGCAACCAAUUACAAAAUGCUGGUCAUUUACGUGGUAGUGAUUGGGAUUCUGGAUGGUUCGUUCAUUGGUCUAAUGUCAAUUGUUACGUUUGAAUGUUGUGAUGAUGAAAGCAUGUCCCACGCUUGGGGUGGGGUCCUUAUGUGCAUGUCACUCACAAUGCUUGUGGGAGCUCCUGCGGGAAGUUGGCUAGCAGAUGCUACUGGACGCUACAGAGAUGUUUUCUUCUUGGCAGGAGGUCCUAUGUUGCUCGGUAGCGUGAUAUUUGGGCUAAUUUGGUGUUUUAAGCCAAUCGACAGACUAGAGGCGACKGCGAGAGUAGAAUAUCCCAUCGAAGAAAAGUACUUGAUCAAUGAACGGGAAACCGUGUUGUGAACCAAAGUCUUCGGUUAAUAUAGCAUUUUUGGAUUGCCUUUCUAUUUGUAAUGUAGCAAUUUCUAUGACGAUAUCUGUCAAUAGUGUAAAAACAUUUCGUACGUCCCUCCAUACUUUUUUGAAAUUACUCAAUUUUAUAUGAAUUUCCGAUACCAAUUCAAUUUGUCCUCUUUCAAGUGCCAUCGUCUUCAAAACGCAGUGAUUAUGAAUUUACGCGCUUUUUUGGGGUGGUGGGUUAAAUAAAUGAUCAAAGACACCAUAUAUUUAAAUAUUUCAUACGAACAUUGUAAAAUAAGAAACAUGAAUUUGAUUUGUGGAAAAGUGAUAAUUGAAUACAUUUAAUCUUUAUCAUUUUUCGGUAUAAUACUCGCGCCUUUGCGUAUUUAUCGAAGUCAUUCCAUAUUGAUACUUUUCAGUAUUUAUCGCUAAUUUUGUUAAAUAAGAUCUUGUGGAUUAAAAGAUARUUUACAUAACAGAUUUCAAGUAAUAAUACUACUUCCACUAGCCUAGGCCACAUCUGCAAAAAUUCUAGCGCGCUACGCUAUUCUUCGUUUUCAUAUUACGUCACAGCGGCCAUCUUGGAGGAAGG